AUGACUGAGUUUGUCUUUGGUGAUUUUUCUGAACAAGAAGCAGAAAACUUGUUUGGUCAUGAUAAACAAGGAGUUAAAUUUCCAUGGGGUACAGAUGAUUGUGUGAAUACUGCAAUUGAAUUUGGUUUUGAUGUACCAUCAGUAAUAUCACCAUCGGGUGGUACUGGUGUAUCUUAUUCAUGUAAUGGUAGUUUAUCUCAUCAAGAAUCAACAAGUUCAGCAUUAACAUCUCCUCCUUAUUCAUCAAAAAGUUCAUCUGUUGAAAAUGUUAAAGUAACAAAAUCAUCAUCAUCACAUAAUCGUCGUCAUAGUGAUAGAAAAUUAAAAAAAAAACGUCCACCAAAUUAUUAUAAACAAGAAUAUCAACAAAUGCUUGAACCAUCAACACUUCAACAUCAUAAUCAAAAUGAUACUAAUGAACAGACUAUACAACAAAUCGAACAAAAUAUAAUUGAUCCACGAUAUAUAUCAUGUGAUCAAUGGGUUGAUUCAACAAUUAUACAUCAAAAUGAUGAUAAACAAUCAACUAAUGAUGAAGAUGAAACUCAAUCAGAUAGUCCUGCAACAACAACCGAUACAGAUAAUGAUGUUGAUCAUCCACAACAUAUAUCAAUUAAUAAAACAUUAUUAAAUAAUAAUGAUUUAUCUAUUUAUUCAACAUCAGUUGCAAGUGGAGCUUCAAUUGAAACUAUAAAACCAUCAUCAGAUAAUCUGUCAUCAGCAAAUAAAUCGAAACCAUCAUCAUGGGCAGAUUUAUUUCGUAGUAAUCAAACAGCAGCAGCAGCAGCAACAACAACGACAACAAAUAUUCCACCGCCACCACAACAACAACAACCGCAGCAAUCAAGUCCAAUUCAAAAAAUUCCAACAACAUCAUCACAAAAUGGAAAAAAUAAUACAACGAAUACUUUUUAUCCAAAAACAAAUUAUCAUGUUUAUAAUAGCAAUGGUGAAGAAUCACGAUCAUUAGAAGAUUAUUUUUCCAAAUGUGAAGUACGUCCAUCAGCUAUGGCUAUUAAACCUCGUGGAUUAUUAAAUAGAAGUAAUUAUUGUUAUGUGAAUGCGACUCUUCAAGCACUUCUUGCGUGUCCUGCUUUUUUUAAUGUAAUGAAAUAUAUUCCACUCAAUGAAGAUACAUCUAAUCAUGAAGUCUCAUGUAUAAGAGCUCUUCAUUCAUUUGUUAAUCAAUUUGAAAAAAUGGAUCGAAGUAAAUCAAAUUCUAGUUAUAAAGAUAUAAUAUGUGGUUCAUCAUUUGAACCAAUUGAUGUUCUUCAAGAAUUAUCUCGUCUUCGUCAUUUACCUGUUGAAGUAAUUAAAAGUAAACAAGAAGAUGCACAUGAAUUAUUAUGUCAAUUAUUAAGUGAAAUUCAUGAUGAAAUUUGUCAAGUUUUAUAUAAUUCACCAACAAAUAAAAAUGAAGAAUCUACAGCAGACUCAGAUAUAUCAACAUUAACAGCUGAUUUACAAUUAAAAAAUGAUGAAAAAUCUGAAGAUUGGCUUCAAGUCGGAAAACGUAAUCGUACACAUGUUCUUCGAACGAAUGAAAUUCGAAAAAGUCUUAUUGCUGAUAUAUUUGCUGGCAAAUUUCGUUCAAUAAUACAUAGUUCUGGAAACCAAAAAUCCGUCGUGCAUGAACCAUUUUUUACACUUUCAUUAGACAUUAAAGAUCCAAAAAUAACUACACUUGAUGAAGCUCUAAUACGUUUCUGUGAACAAUCAACACUUUCCGAUUAUGUUGAUAGUAAAAAUCGUCAAAAUGUUCAUACAAAUAAAACAAUGCUAAUCGAACAAUUACCACCUAUACUUAUCAUACAUUUAAAAUGUUUUCUAUAUGAUGAAGCAGAUGGAAUAAAAAAAAUUAAUAAAUCUAUUAGUUAUACCGUUAAUUUAACAUUACCAAAAAGUAUUUUAACAGAACAAGCUCGAAAACAAUAUCAUGAACGAUAUAAAUUAUUUGCUGUUGAAUAUCAUCAAGGUGAUCAUGCUACAAAAGGACAUUAUAUAACUGAUGUAUUUCAUCCAGGUCUUCAAGGAUGGUUAAGAUUUGAUGAUGGUAAUGUUCAUGUUGUUACAUCACAUCAAGUUAUUAAUUCAACAGCUGAUAAACUUACGCCUUAUUUACUGUUUUAUCGUCGUGAUUAG